CUGGCAUGAUUGGCUUUGGCCACGAGAGAGAGAGAGAGAAGAAGAGAGCAAAGAUUCCACCUGGUUGGGUUGGGUCGUCAAGAGAGAGAGAGAGAGAAGAAGAAGAAGAAGAAGAAACCGAAGAAGCUCGAAGAAGGACGAACAGAUUCCUUUCUUCUUCCCCGCAUAGAUUUUUAUUUCGAAGAAGAAGAAUCCAAAAUCCCAGAUUUUUGUUUGCUCAUGCGAAUUUGAAUAUCUGAAUCUGUUAUUUUCCCCUUUAUUUUUAUUUUUUUUGCUUUCUCUCUCUCUCCCUCUUUCUCUCUCCACAUGAAGCUGUGGUGGUGAAGAUAUUUUUGGGAGAUUUAGGGUUUCUGAGUUCUUCCUGGUUUUGGUUAAUUGGUGAGAAGCCAAGAUGAACGUGAUGCGUCGUCUCAAGAGCAUUGCUUCCGGUCGAACCUCGAUUUCUUCGGAUCCUGGUGGGGACUGUGGCCUUAAGAGAGCCAAGCUGGAUCAAGAGACCGACAACUUCUGUGCUGAUCCUAUGCAGGUUGACCAGACUAGUUCUUCUUUCGAUAUUUUGCCAAAAGAAAGUGUUGCUGGAACGUCAAACGGGCAUGCUGUCUCAGAGAAAACCGUGGAUGACCAUCAGCUUCCCGAAGUUAUGACCGAUAUGAGGAUUAGAGAUGAGCGAAAUGCCAACCGCGAGGAGAAAGAUAUGGAAACUACUAUUGUAAACGGCAGUGGGACUGAAACGGGACAAGUUAUUACAACGACAGUUGGGGGUAGAGAUGGAAAGCCAAAGCAGACAAUCUCAUACAUGGCCCAGCGAGUGGUUGGAACCGGCUCAUUCGGAGUAGUGUUUCAGGCCAAAUGCCUGGAAACGGGUGAACAAGUUGCAAUUAAGAAGGUUUUGCAGGAUAAAAGAUACAAGAACAGAGAACUUCAGAUAAUGCGCUUGCAAGACCAUCCCAACGUUGUGCGACUGAGGCAUUCUUUCUUUUCAACAACUGACAAGGAUGAGCUGUAUCUCAACCUUGUCCUUGAGUAUGUUCCCGAAACUGUUUACAGAGCAUCAAAGCAUUAUACCAAAAUGAACCAGCAUAUGCCAAUUAUCUAUGUUCAGCUCUACACUUAUCAGAUUUGCCGUGCGCUGAACUACUUACAUCGCGUGGUUGGGGUGUGUCACCGUGACAUCAAGCCACAAAAUCUACUGGUCAAUCCCCAAACCCAUCAACUAAAAAUUUGCGAUUUUGGAAGCGCAAAGAUGUUGGUGCCUGGUGAACCUAACAUAUCCUAUAUAUGCUCCCGGUACUACAGGGCCCCAGAACUUAUAUUUGGGGCGACAGAGUAUACCAAUGCCAUUGACAUGUGGUCCGCGGGUUGUGUUAUGGCAGAGCUUUUACUAGGCCAACCACUGUUUCCCGGGGAAAGUGGCAUUGAUCAGCUGGUGGAGAUAAUUAAGAUUCUUGGGACGCCUACGAGAGAAGAAAUAAGGUGUAUGAAUCCCAAUUACACAGAGUUCAAGUUUCCUCAAAUAAAAGCCCACCCGUGGCACAAGAUUUUCCACAAGCGAAUGCCACCUGAAGCAGUAGAUCUCGUCUCAAGACUCCUCCAGUAUUCACCAAACCUUCGGUGCACAGCUUUGGAAGCUUGUGCACACCCCUUCUUCGAUGACUUACGGGACCCGAAUGUCUCUCUGCCAAAUGGAAGAGCACUGCCUCCAUUGUUUAACUUCACUUCCCAAGAACUUGCGGGUGCAUCAACAGAGCUGCGACAGCGCCUAAUUCCAGCGCAUAGCCAGGGAACGGGAAGUAGCUCUUAGGAUGAAUUAUAGUGUGUGUCCAAAUCCAGCUUUCUAUCUCUCCAUCAAUUUUACUGAAAGUGUGUACAUCAAUUUUGAACCACUUGUGCUUCCAAGCUUUGUGGCUGGAGGAAAGUCUGGAAAUCUGCACGCCGGGACCCUAGGAGAUGUGAAAUAACUGGGUUCAUGGAGCUUCUUCUUCUGACUGCCUUUUCUCUCAAUUUGCUCUCUCCUUUCUUGUCUGUUUUUUUCUUUGGCCACCUUCACUUUCAUUUUUUUGUUUUUUAAUCUUGUUUCACAAAUCUGACCCCCUUUAUAUAUGUUUUGGUGUAUCAUUAUUAUAUGUUUGUAAUCCAUCAAGAUCAUUUCCCUUGCCGUAAUAUCGCAAGCAAGCUUGUUUUCUAAUAAGAUUCAGAUUUUUUGGUCA